AAUUCAUCCGCCAAUAUUCCUAACGCAAAAUUCUUCUUUCUAAGAGCCCAAAAAAGUUGAGAGAGAGAGACUAUGGCAGUAAUUCGGAGCAAGAAAUUUGUUGUCGACCUCCUGAAACCGGUGCUUCUCCUGCUGCUUCUUUUGUUUACGGCGGUGCAAUCGACCGAGUCUCGUCGCCUUCUCCAAAAUGGCCGGCCAUCAUCUCCGCCGCCGCCGUUUACGAGACCGCCGACACCGCCCCCUCCAGCGUAUCAGGCUCGGCCAAGUGUAUCGGCGCCGGGAAGGAAAGGAUGAAAGAAGAACAUAUAUACGAGGUCGAGACGAAGAAGAAAAAUAAACACCGAGCUUUGAAAUUGAUUGUGUUGUUAGUUGGUAGCUUUGUGCAUUAAUUGAAGCUUAAACUGGCCACCGUACGUAAUUUGUUUGCCACCCCCUGCGUUGUCAGCUUUGAAAUCUGUCUUGUUGGGUCUCUUGGAGAAGUUCUCCGUUUCCUCUGUCCAUAGUUGUCGGCAUAUUUGCCUGCGCGCAGCGUUAACUAAAAAACAAUCCUUUUGAAUAACUAGCUUAUAACCCGCCCAUUAGUCGGAAUAUUUAUAUUUGAUUAUUUAUAUUUUUAUGUUGCGUUUAAGCUACUCAACCGGUUUAACUUUAUUUUCAAUCCUUCGAUCAAGAUGAUACAUAAAGAAAAAAUAUAUAAGUCUAUCAUCAUUUAAGAAUAUAAAAUAUAAAAUGUAUCAUUAAUUCUAUUUUCAUAAUGAAAAUUAAGUCCUCGU